AGGAUCGCGCGCGCACAAGACCGCGCCGCCGCGCCCAGGAGACAUGCUGCUGCCGUCGUCGCUGCUGCUGCUGCUGCUGGCGUCGCUGCUGCUGCGCGCGGCCCGCUGCGCCACUCCGCCCUACGUGGUGCCCGAGCCCCUGCUGCAGGCCUUCUCGCCGGCCGGCCUGCAGGUCUCCAUCCCAGACAGUGAGGGCCUGCAGCUGUUCGCGUUCCACGGCUCGGUGAACAAGCCCAUGAAGGGACUGGAGGCCGGCGACAUGUCCCGAGACGUGCUGGUGCCUUCCCGCGGCCGCUGGGUGUUCGAGGAGCCGCAAGUGCAACUGCUGCCCGGGGACGUGCUAUACUACUGGCUCUACGUCCAGAGAUACGGCCUGGGCUACAGGAAGGACUCCAGCUACUGGAUAGUGGACGGGGACCUACUCUACUACUGGCUCUACGUCCAGAGAUACGGCCUGGGCUACAGGAAGGACUCCAGCUACUGGAUAGUGGACGGUAGGUACCGCUGCUGCCCGGGGACGUGCUCUACUACUGGCUCUACGUCCAGAGAUACGAGAUACGGCCUGGGCUACAGGAAGGACGCCAGCUACUGGAUAGUGGACGGUAGGUACCGCUGCUGCCCGGGGACGUGCUCUACUACUGGUUCUACGUCCAGAGAUACGGCCUGGGCUACAGGAAGGACGCCAGCUACUGGAUAG